AUGGAUGAUGCCAUGGAGACUGGUAAUUUGGCUCCUUACCAAGAUAGACCUAGGACUUUUCCAAACAUGCGCAGUAAACCUAGCACACCACUGGUAUUUCGAAUUCUCAUGACAAUGAAUGUCCGUCUACUUUUUGUGCUUAUGUUCGUGGUAUUUGGAGGAAUUUUUUACAUUGGAGCUAGCACCUCACCGAUCAUUGUGUUUGUGUUCUCAAUAUGCAUUGUGAGUUUCAUCUUAUCAAUAUAUCUCACUAAGUGGGUACUUGCAAAAGAUGAAGGCCCCCCUGAGAUGGCUCAGAUAUCAGAUGCAAUACGUGAUGGAGCAGAGGGUUUUUUUAAGACCCAAUAUGGGACAAUCUCUAAAAUGGCAUUAUUUUUAGCAGUGGUGAUAUUUGGUAUAUAUAUGUUUCGCACUACAACCCCUCAACAAGAAGCUUCAGGCAUAGGGAGGUUAACUUCUGCAUCCAUCACUGUGUUUUCUUUUCUUUUAGGAGCUGUAUGCUCUGGAAUGGCUGGUUAUGUUGGCAUGUGGGUUUCUGUGCGUGCUAAUGUUCGUGUUUCAAGUGCUGCAAGAAGGUCUGCAAGAGAGGCUUUACAGAUAGCAGUUCGUGCUGGUGGUUUCUCUGCCUUGGUGGUUGUUGGUAUGGCUGUGAUUGGUGUUGCAAUCCUGUAUGCCACAUUCUAUGUUUGGUUGGGUGUGGACACACCAGGGUCAAUGAAGGUUACUGACUUGCCUCUUCUUCUUGUGGGAUAUGGUUUUGGAGCUUCAUUUGUAGCCCUUUUUGCUCAAUUGGGUGGUGGAAUAUUUACAAAAGCUGCUGAUGUUGGUGCUGACCUUGUUGGAAAAGUAGAACAGGGAAUACCUGAAGAUGAUCCCAGGAAUCCAGCUGUCAUUGCUGACCUGGUUGGAGAUAAUGUCGGUGAUUGUGCAGCAAGAGGAGCUGAUUUAUUCGAGAGCAUAGCUGCUGAAAUAAUCAGUGCUAUGAUACUUGGAGGAACCAUGGCUCAAAAAUGCAAAAUCGAAGAUCCAUCCGGAUUCAUCUUAUUCCCUUUGGUUAUCCAUUCAUUCGAUCUCAUAAUCUCAUCAGUGGGGAUCUUUUCAAUCCGUGCCACACGUGAUCCUGGAGCAAUGGGAGGAGGUAUGGAGGAUCCCAUGACAAUACUCCAAAAAGGAUAUUCCAUCACAAUAGUUUUAGCAGUUAUCACUUUUGGUUUCACAACACGUUGGAUGCUGUACACAGAACAAGCUCCAUCUGCUUGGUUUAAUUUUGCUCUAUGUGGAUUAGUUGGAAUCACAACUGCUUACCUUUUUGUCUGGAUCACUCAGUAUUACACAGACUAUAAGCAUGAGCCUGUAAGGAGAUUAGCUCUUUCAAGUUCAACAGGUCAUGGGACUAAUAUUAUUGCUGGGAUUAGUUUGGGUUUGGAAUCUACUGCUCUUCCUGUUCUUGUGAUUAGUGUGGCUAUUGUAUCUGCUUUUUGGUUGGGGAAUACUUCAGGGUUGGUUGAUGAGGCUGGGAAUCCAACUGGCGGAUUGUUUGGGACAGCUGUUGCCACAAUGGGGAUGCUUAGUACUGCAGCUUAUGUUUUGACUAUGGAUAUGUUUGGGCCUAUUGCGGAUAAUGCUGGUGGGAUUGUUGAGAUGAGUCAGCAGCCUGAAAGUGUGCGAGAGAUCACUGAUAUUUUGGAUGCAGCUGGGAACACCACAAAAGCAACCACAAAAGGGUUUGCCAUUGGAUCCGCUGCACUUGCAUCUUUUCUUUUGUUCAGUGCGUAUAUGGAUGAGGUGGCAUCGUUUGCUCGGGUCCCAUUUGCACAGGUUGACAUUGCUAUUCCAGAAGUAUUUGUGGGUGGGUUACUGGGGUCCAUGCUUAUCUUCCUUUUCAGUGCAUGGGCCUGUGCUGCAGUUGGUAGAACUGCCCAGGAGGUUGUCAAUGAAGUAAGAAGACAGUUCAUUGAGAGGCCAGGCAUCAUGGAGUACAAGGACAAACCGGAUUACGGGAGAUGUGUUGCAAUUGUGGCUGCUGCAUCUCUGAGAGAGAUGAUAAAGCCUGGAGCCUUAGCGGUUAUAUCACCUAUAUUUAUUGGGAUUGUGUUUCGGAUAUUGGGUUACUAUACAGGGCACCCGCUGCUAGGGGCAAAAGUAGUGGCAUCCAUGUUGAUGUUUGCGACAGUUUCUGGUAUUCUAAUGGCUCUGUUCUUCAACACUGCUGGUGGUGCAUGGGAUAAUGCUAAAAAAUACAUAGAAACCGGUGCACUUGGAGGAAAAGGAAGUGAAAGCCAUAAAGCAGCAGUUACUGGUGAUACGGUAGGUGACCCGUUCAAAGACACAGCUGGGCCUUCGCUUCACGUGCUUAUAAAGAUGCUUGCAACGAUAACACUGAACAUAAGUAGCCAGCAACGAAGGAAAAAAAAAAACAAAGCGAUAAAGCUCAAUGGUAAUGGUGGUGUGUAG